UUCCGCAAUAUGUAUCCACAUUUUUGUAAAGUGGAAAACCGCGAUCAUCACGUUCCGAUAAUGCCCCCGGAUUACGAGAAAAGUUGUACCGUGCAGGAAUCACAAGAAGUGGAAGGAUUCUACCUGGACACCUGCGCGACCCGCGCAGGCGGCAUUUUUAGCAGCUUUUACGGUUCAAGCUCAGGAAGUUAUAACACCGAAGAGCGUGACAUUUAUGCUAACUAUUGGAUUAAAAGCUGCUCACCUGCGGCGACGGUUCAGGAUUAUUCAAAACUACCACCCUACAAUUAUAAUCAGAAUGUUUUGACACCACAUGAACCGCCUUUUCCGGAAACAGCGGGGUGUGUUUCGUACUUCAGUGAUUCUCAGUGCCAAAAGUUACCACAAACUGCGAAGCAGUUUUCACAGUGUAGUUUUACAGUAAACAGUUUACAGGAGUCGCCUGUAGCUUCCAGUGCAGUUGGUUACGAUCAAUACAAGAACGUUCUCAGUUCCUCUUCCGGGUUGGUGUACAAUGAAACGUGUGAUAGUUACUGCAGUGAUUUGAAUAAAAAUACCGAACAAAGUACUACGUUUAGUAGUCAUCAUGAUACCAGCUGUAAGCCAUCGGAUUGCCCGGAAUUAACUCCACCAUCAAUGUCAUCUACGAAUUCUAUAUCCACUGUCAAAGCUAAAGAACUUAUAGACACACACUCUUACCCUACCAUCACAAGCGAAGACUGUGAGCUGGAGGAAGAAACCUCAACUGCUGACCACUUCCAGCCCGGUAAACAUUCGACCAUAAGCAACCGGAAGGAACGAACGGCAUUUACCAAAGCACAGGUGAAAGCACUGGAAGCUGAAUUUUCCCAUUCAAACUAUCUAACCCGCCUUCGGCGGUACGAAAUAGCCGUUGCACUGUACCUAAGCGAAAGGCAAGUGAAAGUGUGGUUCCAGAACAGACGCAUGAAGUGGAAACGAAUUAAAACGGCCACAGCGGAUAAGGCGAAAGAUGCGCCCCCUUCCGAUUGAAGGGGGUUUUAAGAAA